UCUCUUCUCUUACCCGCCCACAACCAAACCAGAGAAAAGUCAAGUUUCUUCUUCGUGGCUCAUUUUGCUCCUUUCAGCAGAUUCAUAUUCAUGGCGUCGCCAAGGCGACUACAUGAAAACCUCAAAACGAACUCAAUCGUAUAACUAGAAAACCCACCCGAGAUUAUCUAUCCUUACAUAUGCAUCAAUGAAUAUUAGAAGGCUGUCGAUCACUAAACAGACAUCGUUCUUUUCUCACAUCACAAAUACAUUAGCUUCCUUCACUUACACACCCAAUCAACAAUACCAGCCGCCUCAACCGCCCGGAAGAUGCGAACAACAGCCGUCGUCUUCAUUGCAGCAAUCCCAAUCGCAAUCUCAAUCGCUUGAUCUGGGUUUUCUUAACUGGGUAACUUCAAUCCUAUCAAAUAGAUCCUUAGAUAGCUCCAAUUGUCAAAAAAUUCUUACCCGUUUAUCUCCAUUACAAUUCGAUACCAUUUUCCUUGACAUUUUUUAUACUGUCAAUCCCAAGACAGUUUUAAAUUUCUUUCAUUUAGCAUCAGAUUCUUAUGGGUUUCGCUUCACUUUGAGAUCCUACUGCCUUUUGAUUCGAUUGCUUAUUUUUUCCAAUUUGAACGACCCAGCUCGAUUACUUUUGAUUCGGUUAAUUGAUCGAAAGCUUCCAGUUUUAUUCAGUAAUACCGAUGACAUACACAUUGAGUUAGCUACCACAUUUGCUGAUAUGGGUUUGAUGAAUGAAAACUCACUCAGUGUAAAGACUUGUGAUUUAUUGAUACAUGUUUAUUGCACCCAAUUCAGAGGUGUAGGAUUCGAUACAGCAGUUAGUGUAUUUGAAUUAUUGGUCAAUAAGUGUAUGUUCCCUACAGCAAAGACAUGCAGUUUCCUUUUGAAUUCUCUUGUAAAGGCGAAUCAACUUGAGAAGAGUUAUCGUGUAUUUGAGUUAACUUGCCGAGGAGUUUCGCCAGAUGUGUUCUUAUUUAGUACUGCAAUAAAUGCAUAUUGUAAGGGUGGUGAAUUAAGUCAUGCUUUACGUUUGCUUUCAAGGAUGGAAGAGAUGAACAUUGCACCAAAUGCUAUUACUUAUAACACUGUUAUAAAUGGUCUAUGCAAGAACGGGGAACUAGACGAGGCCUUGAGACUGAAAAGGAAAAUGUCUAGUGAAAAGAUCAAACCGACUCUUGUAACAUACGGAGUUCUUAUUAAUGGAUUCGUCAAAAUGGGAAAGCUUGAAGAAACUGAUAUUAUUUUGGAUGAAUUGUCGACAAAUGGCUUUACAGCAAAUGAAGUGAUCUACAAUACGUUGAUAGAUGGAUAUUGUAAAGUGGGUAACAUGAAUAAGUCGUUGGAGUUAAUGAAUGCGAUGGUCUUGAACGGGUUAUCUCCAAAUUCGGUGACGUUAAAUUCACUCAUCAAAGGAUAUUGCAAGUGCAAUUCGUUAGAAGAAGCCGAGAACCUUUUAAAGAAGAUGUUAUUAGAAGGAUUUGAGGUAAAUCUCGGUUCGUUCAGUUCAGUCAUUAAUAUUCUCUGUUCUAAGUUUAAAUUCGAAUCCGCGUUAAGAUACAUUCGGGAAAUGUUGUUUAGAAACCUGAGGCCUAAUGGAGGGUUAAUGACCUUAAUCAUUUGUGGGCUUUGUAAAGAAGGGAAGAAUUCAGAAGCUAUUGAAAUCUGGUUCGAUCUUCUUGAUAAAGGAUUUGCUCCAAAUAAAGAAACGUCAAAUGCCCUUAUCCAUGGAGUAUGUGAAGCUAGAAACAUGCCAGAGGCAAUUAGAAUUCUGAAGAAGAUGAUUGAAUGUGAUUUGGAAUUCGACAGGAUCACAUACAACACGAUUAUUUUAGGUUGCUCGAAAGAAGGGAGAAUGGAGGAAGGUUUUAAGCUAAAGGAAGAAAUGUUAAGGAAAGGCUUUCAACCCGACAUGUUUACCUACAAUAUACUUAUAUACGGCCUUUGUAAUGCAGGCAAGAUUGAUGAAGCUAUUUCGGUUUGGAAUGAAUGCAGAAAGAUUCAUCUAAACAUCGACAUUCGUACUUAUUCCGUUAUGAUAUUCGCUUAUUGCAAAUUCGAGAGAAUCGAAGAGGCUAGACUACUUUUUGACGAGCUUUUGAUGAAGAAUCUUGAACUGAAUGCGGUUGUGUACAAUACGAUAAUUAAGGGUUAUUGUAAAAUUGGUAAUAUGAUAGAAGCUAACAAACUUUUCGAUGAUAUGAGACGAAAAGGGAUUGUUCCUACCCUUUUUACGUAUUCUUCGUUGAUUAAUGGAUUUUGUGAUGUUGGAAAGGUUGAAGAUGCGGAGAAUGUACUCGUGGGAAUGAGGAAUGAAGGAAUUUUGCCAAAUGUGGUUUGUUAUACGGCUCUUAUAGGAGGUUAUUGUAAGUUGGGACUGAUGGAUAAUGUGAGAAAUGUUUUGGUCGAGAUGCAGUUGUAUGAGAUUCCUCCGAAUGAAAUCACUUAUACUGUUGUGAUCGAUGGGUAUUGCAAAUUGGGCGAUAUGAGAGAAGCAGGAAGAUUUCUUGCUCAAAUGUUGGUCAAGGGAAUUGCCCCCGAUAGUGUUACUUGUAAUGUAUUGGCUGAUGGGUUUUGCAAGGAAGGAAAUGUAGAACACGGAUUUAAAGUGACUGAUCAGAUGUCUCUGAUGGGUGUUAUGUCAGAUGAAAUCACAUACACAACGUUGAUUGAUGGAUGGAAGCUUCGGGAAUGAUUUGCAUUUCUGAUGUUUGUCGUGUUUUGUCCAAAUUUCAUAUGAAUUUGGAUCCAUACGAUAAAUCGCAGAUAAAUCUGUUUCCAAAUGAAGGCUAAUGAACAGGCUAUGUUACCUAAAGGAGAAAACAGAGAAAAAGAUCCUUUGAUGGAUUGAUGAUUAUGGUUACUACAUCAAACAUCAGUGGUCUAGGAAACAGCAAGAAGAGGUCAAUUUAGGUGUCAUGCAUUGUUCUAACCAUUUUCUUUGGCAAAACUGUUUGUAACAAGGCUCAUUCGUCGAGAAAAAGAAAGGUUCAAGACAGGUAGGCUUGUGAAAAAGAAAAUAAACUAGCACAUUUACAGAGUAGAUGGGCCAGUUGUCCCUAAGGUGCUUGUGAUGAACUUGGUUUGGGGCUUGACGAAUGCUGAAGGCAGGCUUUCGAGGAUGAUGCAAAUCCUUUAUGGAAAACACUAUUGAUGAAUUCAAUACAAGUAACUGAGUCAAAAAUAACCAUGACAUGGUCAAAAAAGGACUAUUGAUUGUUUCUAAAAAUGUUGAGUCAUACUAUUUUUGUUUCAUUGUCAACAAUAAAUCUCAUUGUAGCUAUUGUUUUGUAUCCACAAACUUGUGGCUUGUAAAUGAAUUAUGUAGCCAUAUCAAUCUCACAAAGAAAAAGUUUCCAAAUUAGAAACUGAGAAUUAAAUUUCCUUUUAUAGAUGUUGGCUCUUGCA